GUUGUUGAGUGCCGCGGCGUGUGGAUCACAAGAGCAAAUAUUUUGCUUGAUCUUGUGCGGAAGAAGGGAAUGGGAGACUUGGGUGCGAGAGAAUGGCUAUCGCCUUGAGGAUGAGACACCAGGACGAGGCAGUGCACGAUUCAUAGAAUAAACAAACAGUAAUUGAUAUGGUAUUUGAUUCCGAAUACGGGGUUUGUUAGUGCAUCUUUGUUAGUUUAGCUGAUUGCGCAUAAGCAGCAACAAUCUUUCUUUACCUCUGAAACGACGAAGUACAUUUUGUAGCUUCGUUUUGAACCUACAAAGCCCUUAUUUGUAUCAAUCCCGCCAGCGCAGUGUGUGCAGAUAUGGUGAAUGCCGCGUUUGUCGUUUGGUGGAGAGCUCGCAGCGCGAUGUUAGAAGCUUGCCGCAAUUUUGAGGGUUUUGGUUGCCUGAUUGCCGGACCAGUGGCCACGAUGGGUCUCCAGUGCAAUGCCUUCAACCUCAUUAACGAAGCCCUAAAUCUGGGACUGGAGGCGUAAGGCUACGCGUGAGAACCCUUGCAUUUGAUCGGGUUUCCGCAGCGCAAGAGAGCUUCAAGACAUUUUUUUUCCUUUCAAGGUAUAGCUCUGCGGUUGAAUUUUGUGGUAAUUUCCCAUCUAGGAUUCCUACACCACCUUGAAUAUCAACUUUUUGGCGAUGGCCAAAUUGCGCAGACCCAUCAAAAUUAACAACGGUGUUCAAUGGGUUGAGGUCUAUCAGUCAGCAUGUGCAAUGUUCCUGGGCUUUUAUGUUCUAAACAGCGGCGUCAGGGAUCGUUUAUUGACUCCGCUGAAGAUGCUUUUGGUGGUCUAGAAAAUCUACACGGCAUAAUGCGGGUGUCAACUCGCAUCGCAGCUAAUAUCGCAGUUGUUAGGAGGAGAUGGUUUGGGUCUCUUCAACUGCCUGUUCCAAGUGCAAGGUUUCGGAGCACCUUUACUCGACGGGUUGGAGCAAAUGAUGUUUUGCAAAGACUGGGUGAAGGUGGCAAUCAUAUAGAUUCCCGAACCUAUGUGAAACUCUUCCAGCGGUGCACGGAGCUGCGAGACGCAGCGUUAGGCAAGCAGGUUCGUGAUCAUAUCAUUCAAGGUGGACGGCAGCUGAACAUUUACGAACUCAACACCCUCAUCAAAUUGUACUCCAUUUGUGGGAAUGUGACAGAGGCGAGGCAGAUUUUCGACAGCGUUGAGAAUAAGACAGUAGUCACGUGGAACGCAUUAAUUGCAGGGUACGCUCAGGUCGGUCAUGUCAAGGAAGCCUUUGCCCUGUUUCGUCAAAUGGUUGACGAAGGUCUGGAGCCUAGCAUCAUCACGUUUCUAAGUGUUCUGGAUGCUUGUUCCAGCCCAGCAGGUUUGAAUUGGGGUAAAGAAGUUCACGCGCAAGUCGUAACCGCUGGCUUUGUGUCGGAUUUCCGCAUCGGAACUGCGCUUGUGAGUAUGUAUGUCAAGGGGGGAAGUAUGGACGAUGCCCGCCAAGUUUUUGACGGAUUGCACAUACGAGAUGUUAGUACAUUCAAUGUGAUGGUCGGAGGGUAUGCCAAGAGCGGUGAUUGGGAGAAGGCUUUUGAAUUGUUCUACAGGAUGCAACAAGUAGGUUUGAAACCAAACAAAAUUUCAUUCUUGAGCAUCUUAGAUGGGUGUUGGACCCCUGAAGCUUUAGCGUGGGGGAAGGCAGUCCAUGCUCAAUGCAUGAACGCAGGACUUGUGGAUGAUAUUCGCGUUGCGACCUCUCUCAUCCGCAUGUACACGACUUGCGGCAGUAUUGAGGGCGCACGUAGAGUUUUCGAUAAUAUGAAAGUUCGUGAUGUUGUAUCGUGGACAGUCAUGAUCGAGGGAUACGCUGAGAAUGGUAAUAUUGAGGAUGCUUUCGGUCUCUUCGCCACAAUGCAAGAAGAAGGCAUUCAGCCUGACAGAAUUACGUACAUGCACAUUAUGAACGCAUGUGCAAUUUCUGCAAAUUUGAACCAUGCGAGGGAGAUUCAUUCCCAGGUAGACAUUGCCGGGUUUGGGACUGAUCUUCUUGUGAGCACCGCUCUCGUUCAUAUGUAUGCCAAGUGUGGUGCUAUCAAGGACGCACGUCAAGUCUUCGAUGCCAUGCCGAGACGAGAUGUUGUGUCAUGGAGUGCUAUGAUCGGGGCUUACGUUGAGAAUGGUUACGGUACAGAGGCCUUCGAGACUUUUCAUCUAAUGAAACGUAGUAAUAUAGAGCCGGAUGGGGUUACGUACAUCAAUCUCUUGAAUGCCUGUGGGCAUCUAGGAGCAUUGGAUGUGGGUAUGGAGAUUUACACUCAAGCGAUAAAAGCAGAUUUAGUAUCCCAUGUCCCUUUAGGAAAUGCUUUGAUCAUCAUGAACGCCAAGCAUGGCAGCGUUGAACGCGCUCGUUACAUUUUUGACACUAUGGUUAGACGAGACGUUAUUACGUGGAAUGCAAUGAUCGGAGGAUACUCGCUACAUGGGAACGCACGAGAAGCGCUAUAUCUCUUCGAUCGAAUGUUGAAAGAAAGGUUCAGGCCAAAUUCGGUGACGUUCGUUGGCGUGCUGUCUGCGUGCAGCCGCGCAGGAUUUGUCGACGAGGGCCGCCGAUUCUUCACUUACUUACUUGAAGGUCGCGGGAUUGUGCCCACAGUAAAGCUUUAUGGCUGCAUGGUGGACCUCCUUGGACGUGCAGGAGAGUUGGACGAAGCAGAGCUGCUGAUCAAAAGUAUGCCAGUAAAACCAACUUCUUCAAUCUGGAGUAGUUUGCUGGUUGCUUGCAGGAUUCAUGGGAAUUUAGAUGUAGCGGAGCGCGCUGCUGAGAGGUGUCUCAUGAUUGAUCCAUAUGAUGGUGCAGUCUAUGUGCAGCUCUCACACAUGUAUGCUGCGGCUGGUAUGUGGGAAAAUGUUGCGAAAGUGAGGAAAGUGAUGGAGAGCAGGGGUAUUAGGAAGGAGCAGGGUUGUACGUGGAUCGAGGUCGCGGGGAAGGUACACACUUUUGUUGUAGAAGAUAGAUCACACCCUCUAGUGGGAGAAAUUUAUGCCGAGCUAGCGAGAUUGAUGAACGCUAUCAAAAGAGAAGGCUACAUCCCAAUUACUCAAAAUGUGUUGCACGAUGUGGGUGAGCAGCAGAAGGAAGAAGCCAUCAGCUACCAUAGUGAGAAGCUGGCCAUUGCGUAUGGGGUACUCAGUUUACCCUCUGGUACCCCAAUCCGUAUCUACAAGAAUUUACGUGUGUGUAGUGAUUGUCAUUCUGCCUCCAAAUUUAUUUCCAAGGUCACUGGUCGAGAGAUAAUUGCACGGGAUGCUAGUCGCUUUCAUCACUUCAAGGAUGGCGUGUGCUCUUGCGGCGAUUACUGGUGAAGGCAAAUAUCGCCCUAACAGUAUCCGUGACGUUUAAGUCACCGAUUGAAUAUUUUUUCGACUUGAACUAGCUAGAGAGGGUCCAAUUUUCAAAUUGGCAAUGUUACAGGUUUCUCGCUCAGCAUCAAAUUCACGAGGUGAACUUGAGUUCAAUAGCCUUUCAGUCCCUUUGGUAUCCAUCAUAUGACAUUUGUGGAAACUUCUAGCAGCCUGCAGCCAUUAUUUUUGCGAACAGUACAAACUGGUGUUGGUAGAUUCGUCGCGGAUAAGGAAGCCACACGUCAGAUGCUAUAGCCUUUGAUUACGCAUUCUCCGUGGACACUACGUAAGAUUUACUACACACGGUUAGGUAGAAUUUGUUCACCAUGGAACUAUUCAGUUACCUAUCAUAAUGGUCCAUUUUUUAUUCACUAGGGUGAUGGUUGGCGGUUGAAACCUGGGGGAAGGACAUGCAUGGGAUCUAAUGGACGAUCUUUUCUCCUUGUCCUGACUCGUGGACGUUGUCUUUACAUCGGCUUACUUCCUAAGGUGGCAGUGUAUCCAUCAUCAAGCUGGAACUUAGAAUGAAAAUCCGGUCGAUUACUUGAGUCAGAGUCUCAAAAGAAUUUAGCGAGUCCCAGAUCUUCUUUCAAGUAGGUUGGAGUUGACUCUGCAGUAUGACCCUUCUUGUCAAUAUCUGGUACUACGCAGUGAAACUGAAUACAUUUGCUGCGUUGGUUUGCCCUACAAAUCAUCAUGUCAUCAUGCCUGACUUUUAUUAGAGUAGCAACAAGAGGUUUCCUUCACCGAGGUUUCAUCAAGAGGUUAUCAUAUUAAUAUUUGGUGAAAGAUGUAAAUAUAUGUAUAUGUGUGUAUGUGUAUACAUAUCUAUUUUUAUUAGACACAAGUUUACAUGGGGUACACUUACAGAUAUUUACAAUUACAGAUAUUUACGAAGUUGAAGAAAUAUUCAAAUGGAGUGCACAUAGAAAUGUAAAGGUUUUCAAAUUAAGAAUAAAGUUUAGAAGAGAUUUGCA